CCAGGCCCCGCCCACGGCGCUCAGCAGUUUGCCCGGCAACUGGCGGGAACACAGAAGGCGUGUCCCGGAAAGCGCUGAGCGCAUGCGCCUGGAGAAGCUGGGGGCCUGGAAGACAUGGAGUACUGUCUGGCGGCCGCGGCGCUGAACGGGGUGGACCGGCGCUCGCUGCAGCGUUCGGCUCGGCUGGGGCGGGAAGUGCUGGAGCGUGCCAAGAGGAGGGCAGUGGACUGGCAGUCUCCAGAGCGAUCCAGAGGCAGCCUGGGGGUCCUUUACCCCCAGGGUCCCUACCAGGAACGAUGGUGUGCCCCCGAUCCCCAGCGCCUCCUAGGGGAGAGAGAAGAAAAGCGCCCAACCCUUACUGCUUCCUUCAGAACAAUGGCUGAAUUCAUGGACUAUGCUUCAAGUCAGUGUGGGAAAUACUACUCAUCUAUGGCAGAGGAAGGAGGGGCGACCCAUGUCUACCGUUACCACAGAAGGAAGCCUCCAGACUUACACGCGUACUCAGACUCAGGGGACGAGCAAGAACAAAGAAAUUGCAGAGGAGAGACAUCUGUUGGUCCAGGAAGCAUCUCUCAAGAGGCAUCCUGGCCUGCUGAGAACAUCUCUAAGGACCUCUACAUAGAAGUGUAUCCAGGGACCUAUUCUGUCACCGUGGGCUCAAACGCCUUAACCAAGAAGACUCACGUGGUUGCAGUUGACCCAGGGCAAAGUGUGGACUUGGUCUUCCCCAUGUGAUGUUGACCGUUUUUUAAGUAG